CCGCCCUUUUGUUUUCCAGUGUCUCCCAAGCGCGAGAGAGAGAGAGAAACAGAGAUCGAGAGAGAAAUGGCACUCAGAGGCUUCGCUCUCGUCCAUCCAUAUCGCCCACACUGCCCACGACCAAGCCUCGCCGUCAGAGCUACGGCAGCGCCGGCGCGUCAUCGUGAUCGGCGUCACCAGAACGUCGACGGCGAGUUCUUCGUGGAUCGUCGUUGCAUUGAUUGCGAUACUUGUCGUUGGAUGGCACCGGAAACCUUUUCGCGGAUCGAUGGGCAAUCGGCAGUCGUGAAUCAACCGAGUUGCCAGGAGGAAAGGCUCAAGGCUUUGCAAGCACUUCUUUCUUGUCCAACAAGCUCAAUACAUACUGAGAAGCCUCCGAAGGAGAUUGUGGAAGUGCAGAAGAUGUUCCCUCUUCCUAUUGAUGAGCAGCGGCUUCCGGGUGUAUACCACUGUGGUUAUCACUCUGAGAGAUCUUAUGGAGCAGCUUCCUAUCUCAUUGCCCAUCCAGAGGGAAAUAUACUUGUUGACAGCCCAAGAUACACUCCAAAAUUAGCCCAGCGAAUUGACAUGCUUGGAGGAGCAAAAUACUUAUUUUUGACUCACAAGGAUGAUGUCGGAGAUCAUGAGAAGUGGUUCAAUCAUUUGAGGUGUAAAAGAAUUCUCCAUGCCGGCGAUGUAGAACCUCAUACUGCUGAUGUAGAGAUGCAGUUACAAGGAGAAGGCCCAUGGAGUAUCAGUACAGACAUUGAACUCAUUCACACACCAGGUCAUACAGAAGGUUCGGUUUGUUUGUACUACAAACCCUUGAAAAUUCUGUUCACGGGUGAUCAUUUUGCCAAAUCUGAAGACUCUAAAUUGAGUAUUUUUGAACAAUAUAACAAGGUUUCAGUUAGCAUGCAAUUGAGCAGUGUCAGGAAGCUUCUUGAUUUGGACUUUCUAUGGAUACUACCCGGUCAUGGCCGGCGAGUUGAGUUCAAAGACAGCAAAGAAAAGAAUUUAGCUUUAGAAACGUUCUUGGCCAGCAAAGAACAUGCUUUACCCCUGGUGUGAUUAAUAAAUGAUAGACGAUACUUGAUAAUGGAUAUCUAUGCUUUAUACCACUCAUGUACCCGUAUAAGUACAUGUGGUGUAUGCAUGUACGUGUGUAUUUAUGUGUGUCUAUCUGUCUGAUACAUCAUAUUUAUAGUAUGUAUGUGUGUUUACAGAACUAGCAAGUUAUCAUCCUCUUAAACUUGGAUGAUAUAUUGUAGAUAACUUUGUUUGGUUGUCUGUGAAGGGAUUUAGUAACUCGAGUUCCGAAGAAUUUUGGAAUUCAAUGGAACUAGGUUCUGGUUUCAGUGACUUUUAA